AUGUCCUAUUUCAUGUCUCCACAGACUCAGCCAGGUCUUCCGUCUUCUGGCCAAGGUGGGGCUGCUUCUCUGGGCUCAUCUCUUGGCCUCUAUAGUCCUAUAGAGCCAGGGGUUGUAGCCUCUGGCGGACAAGGCCCACUGAGCCAGAAAGCUGAGCAGGUGACACCUGUUGCCCAGGCCUGGGGCCCGGCCCCUGGGGGCACUGGCUGGGAGCCACCGAGGCAGGAGUACAACUGGUACUGCCACAAAUUCCCCGCCGCGAGGCAGCCGGAGAACCUGGGCCGAGAGGAUGGCUGCUCCAGAAGCAGAGCCCCCCAGCCGGGCGGCCCCAGCAGGCCUGCGCCUCUGCUGCUGCGUGGGCUGUCACCUGGGGCUCCGCCGAUGCCCGCUGACGCAGGGGGGACGGAGGCCAACUCCCAGCCCGACAUCUGCAUCCUGACCUUGGCCAUGAUGAUCGCUGGCAUCCCUACCGUGCCCGUCCCGGGCCUGCGGGAGGAGGACCUGAUCCGGGCGGCUCAAGCUUUCAUGAUGGCCCAUCCGGAGCCGGAGGGGGCUGUGGAGGGGGCCCAGUGGGUGCAGGCACAGACCCACACAGCCUCUGGGCCAAUGGCCUUAGCAAGAUCCCGGAGGGGCCAGCCUCCUGGCUCCUACUUGUAG